UCCUGCUAUACGACCACAUGGUAACCCUCCCAGAAGAAAUCAUGUUUAUCUGGUGUCGUCCGAAAGCAUUGUCCGCAGUGUUAUUUCUCGUCAAUCGCUAUGUCGCCGUGCUCGGAAAUAUCCUUGACCUAAUUGGCAAUUUCCUACCCGUUUCACCUGAGGUCUGUUCGAAAUACCGGCUAGUCAUAGACGUGUUACGUUUUUCCCAGCAAAUUUUCAUUUGUCUCACACUGGCUCUUCGCACUUAUGCUCUCUACGGCCGCAGCAGGCGCCUGCUCAUAUGGAUGGGGAUCAUAUCUCUUGUUCUUCUGGCAGGAGCGUUGGCGGGAACUUUUGGAGAUGACUCAGACGCUGCGGUCGACGCCGGCGACUGCCAUGAAAUAUACACGACAGAAACAACUGUCCGUCAUGGGAUGGCAUGGGUAGCGAUGUUUAUCUACGAAUUACUCAUCUUUGUCCUUACAGUCUUCAGGGCCUGGAAUACUAGAGGAUUGCGGUUUUCCCUAAUAUCCAGGAGAGAUAUCCUUGAUGUCAUAUUCCAAGAUGGUGUGAUGUACUUCGCAGGGAUGACAUUAGUCAAUUUACCCAACAUUCUGACGUACUUCUGUGGUCCAGAAAUCAUCAGAGGCAGCCUGGGUGCAUUCACUACUUGCAUGUCUGUCACUCUCAUCUCUCGCCUGAUGCUCAACCUGCACGGAUGUGUCGACACUGGCAUUUUUUCUACCCCUGCCGAGACCAGCCCCGAUGUCCUUACCACCAGGGCCGACGUAGAGUUUGCGGUUUCCUCGGACCAUUGGUAGGCUGGUACUGGAUUCUGUUUAUGGUUUAUGGAUGUGAAGUGUCGUUGGAAGUUGAAAACGGUUCUUUGGCCUUUUUCUUGAACGCAGCAUGUGACGACCUGUUUCCAUUCCGAAGUAGAUUGGCUCCCAACAGGGCCGAGUCCCUGAACAUGUCAAUUACUGAUCACUGGCUAAGAACU